GAGGAGAGAAAAAAGAAGGAGCUUUCCCCUCCCCCGACCAAACACUAAUCCCCCCCAUCGCCGUUACCGAGGAUGCCAUCCGAGCCCUCGAGCCGACGCCGCCGCCGCGGACGCGGAUCCCCUGCCGAUCCACAGACAGCCCACCGCCGCGGAUCCCUCGCCGAUCCACACCGCCGCGGAUCCCCCGCCGAUCCGCAGGCUGGGUCAUAUGCUUGGAGGUCAUAUGCUCCAACGUCCGUGACACAGGAUUGGCCCUAUGCUCCGGUCUUCACUCCAUUGUCUGCUCCCGUGUUCGCUCCCAAGUCAGCGCAUGCUCCGCCGCCAACACCAUACGCUCAUUUCUCAAAGAUGAUCGAUAAGUAUUUUCCGGAUAGCCCUCGUCCGGCAUACACUUCAUACUCUCCAACGUCUCAGCCUCCUUUGGCACACACGGUGCAAAAACUGGAUGUCUUGUCAUUGGAGGAUUCCAACAAUGGACCACACCUUUCCUGGUCGCCUAUUUGGGACCGUUCUGUUUUUGACUGGGGAAUUACAUUUUACACCACCAGAGAUCGUACAGGAUCUUUCCGCACGUAUCCUGAUGUGGGCGGUCCUUUUCAGAGCCUAGAUCAAGUUAACAGCGCUAUCGAUCAGUAUCUCAUUGACCACGAGGAUCCAACAAUGUGUGUGGGGCUUUCUCAAGUGGAUUCAAUUGUAAAACGUGUCCGUUACUAUCCUGAUGGCACAAAGAAGCGUGGAUCAGAAGUCAAAGAUAAAAGGCGUGAUAAGUAUUAUCAGUUGGCUCGAUUGUUGGUGGACAAGUAUAACGACCAUCACAAUCUUUUUGGGGAUCUUGCAUAUGAGGUCAAAGAUUUUCUGCAUGGGAAGCCUCUUUGGGAGGAUUAUUAUAUCCAUUGGACAUACUUUCAUAUGAAUUUCAUUGCAAAGGCCAAAGGAUCUUAUGGUGUUGACAUUGGCAACUUAUUCUUUGCUGAAGUCAAAUAUAUGCGAGGAGAUGAUGGAUUAACGGUGAACAGUUGCUGUAUACUUGAACCUUCUGAUGAUCAUGGCCUCUGCUAUGGUUGUGGAGCUGAUAUGAAGCACCCCAAUGAUGGUAAUACAUACGCUUGUGGUCGGCGGAACAUCUCGUAUCAUUUUCAGAAUGGUGCACCUGAACUACCUCCGGGCUAUUGCAAUGACCGCUAUUACGAGGAUUCUGAUGAAGAGGUGGAAAGACUGAGAUCUCAGUUCAAGAAAAUGUUGUCGCCAUGAGCUGCAGAAAACAUGUUGUUCAUGGGUUGUUGCAGAAAAUGUUGUCGCCGCCAUGAGCUGCAGAAAACAUGUUGUUCAUGGGUUGAAGAGAAGGCUGCUUUGCAUGAUCCAAACUUGUCCUCUUUCUGGAAGCCAAAGGAAAGGGACGGAGGAAGCGUGGAAAUCCUCGUCUUGGAAGCACAUCUAUCACUUGUCCUCUUUCUUUCUGGUGCUGCGGCGGAGGAAAGGAUGAUGGUACAGACAGAGUACCUGCUUGACUCCAUUGAUACGCACAUCUGUAAAAUGGUUUUGGGAUUUCUUCAGUAAGCUAGCGUGCGUGCACAAGUAACCUGACCUGACAAACCAAACAAGGCUUAUAGUCGGUGAAUGCCGUUCGGGUCGGUACUUCGGUGUUUUUAAAAUUUCGCUUGUUCAAAAACAAUGACCGAUCGGUUAAUAGGAAAAGCACUAACCGAUGC